AUGGCUCCAGGUUUCACCCGCCCGCGGGGCGCAGCAGCCGACGACGACGACGACCGUGUGCGAAUCGACCUCAUCCAAGACGCCGGCGACGUCGUGCGGGCUUUCGACUGCGUCUGCGCAGCGUUCGGCCGACAGACCAACGACGGCAUCUGGGUGCAGAUGAACCCGGCAUGGGACACUUUGCAGGGAAGGCAGCGCGCGGCCGACGUCAUGGUCGACCGUUGGCGCAGCACGACCCGAGACAACGAGGGCCGGCUCAACAGCAUCUUUCUUAAAGCCACGGUUCCCAGCCAGGUUGGCCCACCGGGAAGCGACGGCCAUGCCGCCACAUCACGCGACAUCGUCGGCAUCGCCAUCUGGCAGCAGGCCUCGGUGGUCCCCGGUCACGGUGACAAGCCUCCUGAGCACCUGGCCGAGGUCGUCAACCUCGAGGCGCUGCACCCCGGGAACGAGGCGGAGCAGCGGUACGCCUGCCAGCUGGAUGCCUCCCUGCGCCGUCGCCGGAUCGAGGUCGUCAAGGAAAAGGCAACGGCCGCUCCACCCGCCGCCAUGGUCCUAGAUUUGUGCGCCGUCGACCCGGCCUUUCAGGGGCGGGGCAUUGCCACGAAGCUGGUGCGGUGGGGGCUUGACGAGGCCCAAAGGAGAGGGGGCAUCGAGGCCAUCACAGAGGCUUCUGCCAUGGGGAGGCGCGUCUACCAGAAGCUUGGUUUCCGACAGGAGGGGCCCGAGGUGCGGUACGACGUCGACGCCGAGUUUGCCGAUCGAAAGCGGCCGUCCAACAUCUUUAUGCGCACGUCCUCGUCGUUGGAUGAGUAA